AUCACAAUGGACAAUGAUUUUCUGUCAAGAGAAACCAAGCACUCAAAACGUACACUUAUGCUUGCCGCAAUUGACUAUAUUCCCUAAGAGCUAGUGAAGUGCCUAGACUUGCCUGGUUUAGAGGAUAUAAGCGAAAAUAAUAAUUAUUCCAAUGAGGAAAUGUUGAAGGAGUUUUUGGAUUCUGAUAGCCGAUUAAGAAUUUAUGGAAGUGCCGAUGUUUUUCUGAAUUUACUGGAAGAACACAUGCGCUUCACGUCUUGUCGCAAGAAGUUCGGGAUACAAAGGAUCGAUGUGUUAUGUGCUCCAAUUCCGAUGUCACCCAACUUGAAAGGAGAAAAGUAUUCUACCAAGCAAGAUAUGUUCGAACAUAUUCAGUACUAUCUAAUGGAAGAAUUCAAAGCGAGGGGUUUUCCAAUGGACAACGUUGUGAUUUCAUUGGCAUUCCUUAAUAUCAGAGCAGAGCGUCUUAGUGGUUGUAUGGAGUUUGUCAGCAAUGCCCGAGAGGUUUUGAAUUCCAUUGAAAGUGAAAUUGAUCAGUUUCUUGACGAAACUCUGGGUUUCUUGAUAACCGAUUCGGUCCCAAAAAAAUAUGAAUUACCAUCAAGAAAUCCAAGUUUGGAUAAACUCUACAAACAAUGGAAAUCGUUUUUCUCGGAUUGGAAACCGGACGAACUUCAAGUCAUUCGAUUUUUUCUAGGAGACCGUUUUAGUCAUCUUCAUCCACAAAAAUAUUCGAAACUGUAUGGGGAUAUACUAUUCGUCAAUUAUUACCUCACAAAUAAGUAUCGUGAACUUAUUGACAGUCGCCCGGAAGUUUUUCUCCCUUAUAAUGAAACGACUCGUCACAAAAAGCCGAUUACAGUAAGAGUGAUAUUAUACGAAAGGAAAAAGUUUGUGCAAGGCAAUCAACCAGGCUUAUCCUGACCGAGUUCCAAUUGAUUAUGUGGAUGAUGUUGAAGGAAUUCUUUAUGCAAUGAAUUUUGAAGAUGUAUUCAGAGAGUUUGGUGAGCUCUGGUAUGAUAUUGAGUUUGUUCUAACCACAGUCAUAAAAACAAAAAACGUCACCCCUAUUUUAACACUUUCCGGAGAAUUUUGCGUACCAGGCAUACACGCGUUGUACAACAUCUUUCAUAUAAUGAUCAGUGUUUUGAGAAUUUUCCAAAAGGUUAAACAUGACACGUGGCAUCUUGUGACUGACUAUGUGAAUAUCCUCGAAACACGGUUAAAACCAUUUGAGAGAACCCCCUGCUUCAUCACAAACACUGCGCUUGAAACGAUCAUACAGGAACUAUGUGAAUAUUGGAGAAUGUUGGAAAAUGUUCCAUGCAAAGAUAUCAGAAGUAUCGAAGGAGCUAGAUUCACUGAAAACGAUUGGAAAAAUGAGUUGAUUCGUAUUGGAUUGUCUGAUAUUUUCCCAGAAUUGGUGGAAUUCUUUGAUGCAGGAUAUCAAGUACUUUUGAACAUCGCACAAAAUGGAGACACCCUAAAAACGUCGGAUUUGAUUUGUCAUUUAGAAUCAACUCAAGCAUUUUGCUUUUCGAGUCGGUUCAAAUUUCUCGAAGUCGCUUCGGACAUUCAACAAGGAAUUUACCCAAAAUUUAGAAACUCAGUCAACGUUUUCAUAGGAAUUGCAUCCAAAUCGGAAAGUUUGCUCCCACAUCUUAAAGCUAGAAGCCGUUAUGAAGGUAUACUGUCGGCAAUGCAAGUUGACAAGCAAUUAGUACCACCCCCUAUUCAAAUAUGUCACAAGUUAAUAAUUGAUGCCGAGACUGUUUCUAACCCAACUCCUGUUCCUCAACAAUUGGAAAAGAAAACAGAAAAUUGUUCCGAGUGCAGUGACGUCAGAAUGGAAAUGUAUACAGUAAAAGAUGUAUUGCAAAAUGUUCAGAAGCAAUUGAAAAACAUGCAACAAAAUUCUGAACAAUUUGAGACAAAGUUGGUAGCUUCUGAUAAUAAGACCAAAAACUUUGAAAAACAGUUGGAAGAUGAACGAAGAAAGAAUAACAAACAUCUGGAAUCUUCAAGAAAAACUUUGAUUUCAAAAAAUGAACAACUUGAGGCAUUGAAAAGACGUGCAACUGCAUUAUCAAACUGUCAAGCUGAGAAUCAGACUUUAAAGUUCAAAAUUGCCGAACAUCAUGAUCUUGAGAAACAGUUGAACAUUUCCAACAAAGAUGUGACACAGGCACGGGACCAGCUUUCAGGCCAGAUAUCUGAACUUGAAAUUCAAUUGAAAAGUGAGCUGAAAAAUGUUGAGCAUCUUAAUAAGGAACAUAAGAAGGCGAUUGAUUUGGCAAAUGAAAUCUCUAAAUUGAAGACCGAAAUUGAAAGAGAAACAUCGAUUUCAAAGCAAUUGGAAAAAGAAAUUUCUCAGUUGAGAACUGAAACAGAUGAGAUGAAUAUUGUUAUAACACAGAGUUUGGAGAUGGAGAAUUUACAACUUCGAGAUGUCACAAAAAAAUUUGAAACAGAGAAUGCCAGUCUCCUCAAAACAAAUCAACAGUUAUCUAUUCAAAAUGAAGAACAAAAACGAUUAAUACAAGUGCUUCUUGAGAAACAGCAAACUGCUCCAUCGUCAUCUGAUUUUCCGGUGCCAUCAACUCAGAUGACAGACAAUGAAGAAAAUUCUAGACAGCAACUCUGGAAGUACCAAAAAAUCAAGGACUCAUUCAGAGAUGGCAUGAAAUUGAGAAAGGCUGAAGCAAUGGUUAAGAAGUUAACUUCUCUGGAUAGAGAUCUAGGAGUUCAUCAAAUGGCACACCGUGAGCUGGAAAACUUCAAGAAACUGACAAGUUAUUAUUUGCAAGCAAUUGAAAUGAAUAUCCCCAAAAUCAAAAAUAAUGGAUCAUCAGAUCUAGAACAACUUCCAGAAGCUCCUAAAUUCUCGAACGAGUUCAUGAGAUUCUACAGAAAUGCGACGGGAAAACAACCUUUGACGUCUUCAAGUUCUUCAUCUGCAAACCCUCGUUCCACACAUAUUGAAGGUUCUUCGAUUUCUACAAUGCCAUCAACUUCAUCUCGCGGAAAUGUUCAACACCACUCUGGAUCUGCUGUUAGAGGACAAUCAAUUACUCCCACUGGAUUAUCUCAAGUUCCAAUGAGUCCGAGAAAACUGUUUAGUCAGCCAGAUAUAGUUACGGCUUCUGUCCCAUCAACUGAGUUGGAUGAUACAGAAUGUGCAAUCUGUUUGGAUGAAAUGACCAACUUUAAGGAAACUAUCAAAUGUGAAUGUAGACGCCGUUUCCAUCUGAAAUGUGCAACUAAAUGGCUUAAUGAAAAGAGAGAAUGUCCAACUUGCCGUAAAUUGCUUCUCAACCCUGCCGACUAUCCACCAUUAAAUUAAAUGUAUAAUACGAUUUUGUUUUUUUUUUUCGGUUCUGUUUUAUAUUUCUGUAAGGGAUAUUCCUAUAUGAAGUUAUUUUUAAUAUUGA